GCCUGACUUCCGUCAUCCCUCCAUCUUAGCGCAGCUAGCUUGUUGCAGCCGAGAACCAAACGGAGGCAGAGCGGAUCAAUUUGGAGCCACGGCGGUUGAUCGGGAUUAUGCGGCGACACUGAUUGCUGUAUCGGCUGAACACACGGUUUCCUCAUCGCGUCCAUCAGCUGUGACGUCGCCUCAGUCUCCAGGAUUUAGUCUCUACCUGGCUUGUAUGCAACCUGCCCAGGGCCCGGCCUAAUUCCUGGUGCUCCUUACUUUUCCACCACCUCCUCCCUCCUUUCCCUACCCUCCUCCCCCCUUUGCCCCCUCCCUCCAUUCUCCCUCCCACGCACACACGCACACACACAUAUACACACACACGCGCACACUCAUACACAUAGACAAACAGACCCCGGCCUGGUGUCACACAGACUGACUACCAGCAUUUAACCCCGGACCGGCGGCCUGGCUGGCUGCCCCCCUACAGGUGGAUGAAUGAAGACCCCAUUCAAGAGCCCAGCGCCCCACGGCCCCCCCGACCAGACGGGGGACAUUCAGGUGUGUCUGCAAACAUGAUGAAGAAGAAAAACUCACACAAGAAACAGAGGACCAGUGUUGGUCCCAGUAAGACUCUGGCUCAGCCCAGAAGGAAUAUUGUGGGCUGCAGGAUCCAGCACAUCUGGAAGGAGGGCAGUAAGUCGUCUCAGUGGAAGGGGACGGUCCUGGACCAGGUCCCCGUGAACCCCUCCCUCUACCUUAUUAAAUACGACGGCUUUGACUGCAUCUACGGCCUGGAGCUGUACAGCGAUGAGAGGGUGGUGGGGCUGGAUGUCCUUCCUGACAGAGUGGCUCCGGCCCGUGUCAGCGACUCGAUGCUGGCUGAAACAAUGAUCGGUAAAGCGGUGGAGCACAUGUUUGAGACGGAAGACGGGCCGAAGGAGGAGUGGAGGGGGAUGGUGCUGGCUCGAGCUCCCAUCAUGACCGCCUGGUUCUACAUCACCUACGAGAAAGACCCGGUCCUCUACAUGUACCAGCUAUUGGACGACUACAAGGAGGGAGACCUGCGCAUCAUGCCCGACUCCAACGACAGCGUGGCGGCGGAGCGGGAACCUGGCGAGGUGGUCGACAGUCUGGUGGGCAAACAGGUGGAGUACGCCAAAGAGGACGGCGGGAAACGGUCGGGUAUGGUCAUCCAUCAGGUGGAGGCCAAGCCCUCUGUCUAUUUCAUCAAGUUUGACGACGACUUUCACAUCUACGUUUACGACCUGGUCAAGACCUCCUAAGAUCAGAAAGCCGGUCCAGGGCCCGCAAAAAGACUUACUGAGACCUGCCUAGACCCACCGAAGUAACCCCACCGAAAUCCCCCAGUGAAGGAAAACUACAGCUAGGGUUUAAAACAUCCACGAUCUAUAGAGACGCCUGAGACAAACAAUAUUAUUCUUUACUCUUUCGCCUUAAACACAAGGGAAAAAAUGUGGUUAUGGAAGCCCAGCCCCUCACCAAGACAGGAAAACUCCAACCAGCUCCAAGUCUUCGGGUGUAUCCAGUCAUCUUAUAAUCCAUCAUCAUUGUCCAGAUUUCUUUAGACUCUGUUUGGAUGCUUCCUCCGACACAAAACUGGUAGUGGGCCCCAAAGAAGACCAGGGAUCCUGUGUUAUAUGGAAUAAGUUAAACCUAUAUAGUUUAAUACUAUUUUGGAACAUUUGUGGCAGUAAUACACAAAAACUUGGCUAAAAUUGAUAAAACAAACGCUGCUGGUUGAGUUUGAAAACUUGAUUUCUAGAAGCUGAAAACUGCGGGGACACGAUCCUGAGAUCCUCCAGACAAAACAAAAACCCAAAUAUAAUUUGCUCCGGGUCUGAAACUAUUUAGGUAAACAGAAAGACCUCAUCCCCCCUUUCCUGAAACCCUGUCAGACCACCUGAGAUCUCCGUCGUCAGAGGAAGGGGGACGGACAGGUCUGAGUCUGCCGGGGUUAAUGAAGGGAUGGGACUUUAGAAGACAGAAACCUGUAGAGGAAGUAAAAGCUGACCCAUCGUCUGUCUCCAUCUGUAUUUAUAGAAGGUUUACGUGGACUAUUGUGCUAUUAGAGGUCCAAAUACAGAGGAUUUUACUUAACCUGGCUACCUGCAGGUCACCUGUUAACAGACAAAGACGCUGACUGGAAUAAAGUGCGAAGGAAGCCGUGGAAAAACCAGAGGACACAGAGACAGACUGUUUUCUUUUUACAUUAUUUUAGCGUUUGGCUUCCCCCCCCCCCCCCCCCCCCCCGUUGCUGCUGUUUCCUACAUUACCCAUAAUGACUUCCAUCAGACAGUGGGAGAGGCUCAGGUGUGUUUGUUUGGCUGCAUCAGUUGUCCCAAAGUGGCCUGUGAGCAUUGUUGGCUGUCCUCAUAAACUGGUUAGCUACUUCUCAAAGAUAGUGCUCGUGGUUGUCGCCCAGAUUCAGUUUUCCGUAGGAAUGCUUAUGAUUCUGGUCCAGAUAUGAACUAGUUCAGGUCAAAGAAACACUCUUUUUUUUAGUCCUAGAUUAUUUAACAUUUAUAAUCAGUAUAAAAUCAUUACGUAAUGGUCUAUAACAAACUAGGAUGUAGUUGUAAGUAGAUAUAUGUUUAUUAAUGUUCAGUAUUUGUCAACAAUUUUAACUUCUACUAUGAAGACAAUAGUUCUACGAGUUAUAGUUUUUAAGUAAUACAUUAAUCAACACUCACAUGGUCUGUUAUAAACCUUUAUUACAUGUUUAUUACUGCUUAUAAUUGUUAAAAUAUGUGUUGAGUUUAUCUUGGAGCAAAGACAAAAUGUCUGAAUGUUUCUUUAAUGGCUUCCUUGGGACAGCUGAUGCAGUAUUGAUCAGUUUAAUAAAAGCCAAAAUACUGGCACAACUGACAAAUCACUGAACCUGAAGAUAAAACUGUAGCAGUCGUGAUGACCCGCCCCCUGUCUGAGGCGGUCUUUUCUGAUUGGUUGGACGCAAGCACAGAUGUGGUUUGUUCCAAACCAGUCAUCCAGUGUUCAUCUGUUGGAAGUUGAUUUAUAUGUUUUUAUAAAAGAAAUCUUUUCCCUUCUUAUCUCUUCUUCUGCUUUCACAUCAACGCCCUGUAUAGUUACUUCUUUGUUUAUAUGAGCUGGCACAUUCAGAUCGCCUUGUUUUCUUUGUAUAUUAUCUCUUUGUUGGUUUUAUGUCACAUCUCUUCUGAACUGUGUAUACUGUAUAUGACCCAGUUAGUUGUAGGCUUAUGGCUGAAGUUCAUAUAUCAUCCGAAAUGACUGAAGAUUUUUAUCCCAACUGCACUCCACAGAUCUGUUGGUGUGUAGGAUUAUUUUGUCUUUAACUGUUUGCUGCCUGACAAAUCUCUCCGUCGCUGAAUGGAGUCUGGGUGGGGGCGCUCCUCCCUUGCAAUCACUUCCUAGCUCUCUAUAAACCACUCCUCCUUUUUAACAGUUAGAACUCAGUCAGGGGUUGAUGGAGGAUACUCUGUCUCCCAUAAUGCUGUGCUCUUACCUGAUGUAGCUUCACUUACCACAGACAUAACUCUUAACAUUAGCAUAAACCAUGCUGCCAUGUUGCCUGAUCCACGUCCCGUGUGCCUGAAGGGACUCAAACAUCUGAAACACUUUUUCUUUUCUUUUCUUUUUUUAAUUUAAUUAAUGUUUCCAAACCAGUGCUUUUUCAUUUUGGAUGCCAACUGUUUUAAAUCUAGAACACUCCUGGUUCAAGUCCAUGAUGUGGGUGCCAGAACAUUUCAUUCAGUUAUGAAGAUGAUUUGUUCUGAUGCUAGAAUCUAGAUGAUAUUUUUUGAUAUUGUGGAACGUAUUCCAUCAACCUGCCCAUUCUAGUUCUAGAACAUGCAAACUCCGUAAUAUGAAAGUUCAGUUUGUUAAUAACACAAAAUUCUCACAAUGGAAUGAACCCACACAUCCUGUUUUGAGAACCCUUCUGGUUGGAGAUGAAUUCUCAGUGUCAGGCUGUGGUGUUCCAGAACAUUUUGUUCAACUUGGAGUGUGUCCCAUCCCAAUGUGUGCAAUACGUAUAGAACCCUCCCAUUUUGACAAAAAAUGUUGAAGGAAGCACAUGUUCCAUUCAUUAGAUUUCCUAGAACGCAUCCCAAAAAAACUGUGUGAGUCAUUUUUAUACAAACACAUGUUGAAGGGUGAACUUGUUUGCUUUCAGAUUCUAGAGAGACUGAGACUUGUUUUGCAGUCUGGUUUGGAUAUGUGCAUUCUCAAGCCUGGAGUCUGGAAUUCUAUAAUCAUUUUGACCACAUUCCUUUUAGAAUCUUUUUUUUGUUGUUGAUUUCCCUAAAAAACACAGCUACAAAUUCUAGAACGCUGAGACCAGAACCCAUACGUUCUGAUUUAAGAACAUGUCUGGUUUCUCAAUUGAAAAUCUAUUCAAAACAUCUGCGGACCGAGGACAGAAAAGGGCAAAAGGGAGUUGUUAACUUAACUUGGCGUUAAGAUGUCAAAACUGUAAUAGUAUUGUAAUCACAAGAAGACAUCAAAUGACAGAGGAAACAUCUACGGUUCAAACGGCCAGAGAGCACACAGUGUUGUUUCUUUGUGUCAGGUAGAAAUGUUUGUUUGAUCUGCUAGCUAGCUCUGCCUUGCUCCUGUCCCCGGUUCUCUCCUCUGUUUCUUUCAUCUUUACUCCAGUCACCAAGGAAACAAACAGUAGUCGUUGGACUGUUUGUCUUUCAGUCCCAUUCAGAGAAAGCAGCCGGUGUCCGCUGAUCUAGUCUCUGCUGCCAUUUUAGCCGCUAAAGUUAACCUGGAUGCCCACAAUGCACCUGGCUUCAGAGGAUGUUUAGACCAUAGUCCAACUCCUGGGCGUUGGAUCUAUGGGGGGGGGGAGGGAGACAACCAGUGUCUUCGUGGAUAUCUUCACCCUUCAUGAUGUGGAUCAUCAUUAGUCGUCCGUUCAGGAGGCGACACGCUGUUCGUAUUUUACA